AUGGCACAGCAGUUUCAGCAGGCAGCCGCCAAGGAGGCAGCAACAGACAAAGCGACGGGUCUGGGCGGCGAGUGGGAGCGGUUUGGAUUCGAUUCUGCCGCACCGCUGGAAGAGGAGAGGGAUGCAGAUGCUGACGUGGAUGAUGCAGAUCCGACGGCUGGGAUGGGCAGUGGUGAUGCGCUGGGAGGUGCAGACGAUCUUGCUCAUUUGGAUCGAAUCAAAUCUUCCUUCGUCUUCUCCUCCUUCUCUAAUCGCGGUGCUACCACGCAGGAAGCACACGAACAUGCAAUAUUUGGAGCACCACCCACUGCACCCAGUGAGAAGCUGCCACGUGGUCAGUCCAGCAAGGCGUCAGAUCCCAGCAGGAAAGACGGGCGGCAUGCUGACAAAGCGUGCCGCCCAAGUGACCAGGGACGGGAGGAGAGAGCAUCGGAGAAGGUGGGGGAGAGGAGCGAUAAGCGAAGAGCGGAACGGCGGAACUCAGAGAGGAAUGAGAGAGGGGAUGAGAGGAGGGAUGGCAGACGUGGCGAAGGGAGAGAGAAUAGGCAUGAUGGGUCACCAGAUUGGUCAAGGGAAAGGAGGGAUGGAGGUCGAGGUAGAGAUGAGAGGAAGGAGAAGGAGCAAGAAGGGCGGCGUGGGGAGCAGUCAGAGAAGCAAGCUAGGGCAGCAAGCUCGGUUGGUGGGUGUGCAGCAGCAGUGGAAGCCAAAUUUUCCUUGUCUGGAAGGAAGGGCGGCAGCAGCAGUGGCACUGCUGGCGCCCCUGAUGCGUUCACAGCAGCGGUGGCGGCAGCACUGGGAGUGGAGGAGGAGGACGAUGAGGAGAGUGUGCCGGUCAUCGUGGGGCUUGUGGUCGACACACGCCCUGCUGGUGAAAGCACACGCAAUGCUGCUUCUGACACACUCCAGCCACACGCACAAGCGGUGCAGGAUGAGGUUGCUGGUGUGCCAGCUGGCACGCUGUCGUUGGUGGAUGGGAGCUCGGCUGGUGAGGCGGCAAGAACCACGUGGAUGGAGAGCGGGGCGGCGUCAGCAUCCAAUGGGCAGCAGCAGGCUGCACCUCGUCCACAAGUCCCGUCGUGGAAGCAACGUGCACUGCAGCUCAAGGCCGCCAGAGCAGCCAGUCAGCAGGGGUGA